GGAAGAGGAGGAGGGAGAGGAGGAGGAGGGAGAGCGUGAUGGUGGAGGAGGAGGGGAGGAGACCCAGAUGGAGAUCAGCAGCCAGCCGUCUGUCAGACAGCCUGGUGGAUGUGGAGAGGUGACGGAGCAGCAUGGUGCUGUUGACCCAGAGUCCAGACGGAUCUCCGCCCAACGCACAGCGCACGACCACAGCCCGGGAGUUGGAUUAAGGACUUCAUUGUGUUAAGAAACAGAGAAGUCUCUCAGCGUCUGCACGGACGCAGGAUGUGGGCGGUGCUGAGGGUGGUGUAUCUGCUCCACGCCGUCCUGGGCCAGCGGGGCCGGCCCCCGGGGGCGCCCCCCCGCCUGGUCUGCAGCGCCCCCGGGCCCCCGGGGGCCCCCGGACACCCGGCCCCCUCCGGGCCCCAGGGGCCCCAGGGCCCGGUGGGGGCCCCCGGGAGGGACGGACGAGACGGGAGGAGGGGAGAGAGGGGAGAGAAGGGAGACGCAGCCUCUAGGGGCCGGGUGGGCCCCACCGGCCGUCAGGGCGAGUGGGGCGAGCGGGGCCCGGCGGGGAAGAGAGGCCCCGGGGGGGAGGGCGGGGCCGGGGGCCCCUCUGGGUUCCCGGGGGCCAACGGAGCGCUGGGAGCCCGGGGGGCCCGCGGGGGGCGGGGCGCGGCCGGCCGGUGCCGGUGCGGGGGCCCGGGGCCGCGGGCCGCCUUCUCAGCGGGCAUCACAACCUCCUACCCCCCCGAGGACACGCCCAUCCUGUUCAACAAGGUGCUCUUCAACGAUGGCGGCCACUACGACCCCGCCACGGGGAAGUUCCUGUGCGCGGCGGCGGGGGUCUUCUUCUUCUCCUACCACAUCACGCUGGCCAACAAGCACCUGGCCAUCGGCCUGGUCCUCAACGGGGAGUACCGCGUCAAGACCUUCGACGCCAACACGGGGAACCACGACGUGGCGUCGGGCUCCACCGCCGUGGCUCUGCGGCCGGGGGACCAGGUCUGGCUGCAGAUCUUCUUCCUGGACCAGAACGGCCUGUUCUCCGACCCCAGCUGGGCCGACAGCGUCUUCUCCGGGUUCCUGCUGUAUGCCGACUCCGCCUCCCUGGACGCUCUGGUGGAGGACCGCGCCUAGAGGCCACGCCCCCCUGGAGACUAGACCUAGAGACCCCACCCCCCUAGAGGCCACACCCCCCUGGAGACUAGAC